GGGAAAGUUGCGAGCCCGCCGACGUAGGGUGGCCGCGUGGGCGGAACGGGAGGCGGAGGGAUUCAGAGUGCGCGCGCUGCGGCCACCCGCGCGCAGCUUGUGGCGCCAGAAUUCGGAGCGCGGAAGCGCCUGAGCGGUUGUUUCCCAGUAUAGGGUCCGUCUCCCGCCGCGGACGCUCUGCCGAGGAGGGAGAGAAGAUGGUGGUCCUCCGCAGCAGCCUGGAGCUGCACAGCCACCCCGCCGCCUCGGCCACGGACUCCUUGGACCUGUCCAACGAGUUCCUCAGUCUGGAGCAGAUCGGCCGGAGGCGGCUCCGCUCGGCCGGCGCCGCUGAGCAGUCCGCGGUCACCGCGGCCGCUGCGGGCGAUGGGUCUUCAGUUAAGGAAGUUGAAACUUAUCAGCGGACACGUGCUUUAAGGUCUUUGAGAAAAAAUGCACAGAAUUCUUCAGAUUCUAGUUUCGAUAAGAAUAUGGAAAUAACGGAGAAGCAUGCUAAUGGCAGGCAUUUUACAAGGCAGUUGGCCAGACAGCAGGCUGAUAAAAAAAAAGAAGAGUGCAAAGAAGACAAAGUGAUUCCAGUUACUCGGUCAUUGAGGACUAGAAACAUAGUUCAAAAUGCAGAACAUUUGCAUGAAGAGAAUGGUGAUGUUGAAGUUCGCCGAAGCUGUAGGAUUAGAAGUCGUUACGGCAGUGUGAACCAGUCUGUGCUGUUUGACAAACUUAUAACAAACACUGCUGAAGCUGUACUUCAGAAAAUGGAUGAUAUGAAGAAGAUGCGCAGACAGCGAAUGAGAGAACUUGAAGAUUUGGCGGUGUUCAAUGAAACAGAAGAAGGGAAUCUUAACAUGUACACAAGAGGAAAACAAAAAGGUAUUCAAAGAACUGAUGAAGAAACAACUGACAAUCAAGAAGGCAGUGUGGAGUCAUCUGAAGAGGGUGAAGACCAAGAAGAUGAGGAUGAUGGUGAAGAUGAAGAUGAUGAAGAAGAUGACGAAGAGGAUGAUGAAGAGGAUGGAGAAGAAGAUAAUCAGAAGCGAUACUAUCUUAGACAGAGAAAAGCUACUGUUUACUACCAGGCUCCAUUGGAAAAACCUCGUCAUCAGAGAAAGCGCAACAUAUUUUAUAGUGACCCAGCUUCUCCUGCAAGACCAAGAUAUCGAUUAUCUUCUGCGGGACCGAGGAGUCCUUAUUGUAAACGAAUGAACAGGCGAAGACAUGCAAUCCACAGUAGUGAUUCUACUUCAUCUUCCUCUUCUGAAGAUGAACAGCACUUUGAGAGGCGAAGAAAAAGGAGCCGUAAUAGAGCUAUUAACAGGUGCCUUCCACUAAAUUUUCGGAAAGAUGAAUUAAAAGGAAUUUAUAAAGAUCGAAUGAAAAUUGGAGCAAGCCUUGCUGAUGUUGAUCCAAUGCAACUAGAUUCUUCAGUACGAUUUGAUAGUGUUGGUGGCCUGUCUAAUCACAUUGCAGCUCUGAAAGAGAUGGUAGUGUUUCCAUUGCUUUAUCCAGAAGUCUUUGAAAAAUUCAAAAUUCAACCUCCAAGAGGUUGUUUGUUUUAUGGUCCACCUGGAACUGGAAAAACUCUAGUUGCUAGAGCGCUUGCCAAUGAGUGCAGUCAAGGGGAUAAAAGAGUAGCAUUUUUCAUGAGGAAAGGUGCUGAUUGUCUGAGUAAGUGGGUAGGAGAAUCUGAAAGACAGCUGCGAUUGCUAUUUGACCAGGCCUAUCAGAUGCGCCCAUCAAUUAUUUUCUUUGAUGAAAUCGACGGUCUGGCUCCAGUACGAUCAAGUAGGCAAGAUCAAAUUCACAGUUCGAUUGUUUCCACCCUACUAGCUCUUAUGGAUGGACUGGACAGCAGAGGAGAAAUUGUGGUCAUUGGAGCUACCAACAGACUGGAUUCCAUUGAUCCUGCUUUACGAAGGCCCGGUCGCUUUGACAGAGAAUUCCUUUUUAGCCUACCUGAUAAAGAUGCUCGAAAAGAAAUUCUAAAGAUUCACACAAGGGAUUGGAAUCCUAAACCACUGGACAUGUUUCUAGAAGAACUAGCAGAAAACUGUGUUGGAUACUGUGGUGCAGAUAUCAAGUCAAUAUGCUCUGAGGCUGCUUUAUGUGCUCUGCGGCGACGCUACCCACAGAUCUAUACCACUAGUGAGAAACUACAAUUGGAUCUGUCUUCAAUUACUAUCUCAGCUAAGGAUUUUGAGGUGGCUAUGCAAAAGAUGAUACCAGCCUCCCAAAGAGCUGUGACAUCGCCUGGGCAAGCAUUGUCCACCAUUGUGAAACCACUUCUGCAAAGCACUGUUCGCAAGAUCUUAGAAGCCCUGCAAAGAGUGUUUCCACAUGCCGAAAUCAGGAGAAAUAAGGCAUUAGACUCAGAUAUUUCUUGUCCUCUGUUAGAAAGUGACUUGGCGUACAGUGAUGAUGAUGUUCCAUCAGUAUAUGAAAAUGGACUUUCUCAAAAAUCCUUUAAUAAGGCAAAAGAAAAUUUUAAUUUUCUUCAUUUGAAUAGAAAUACAUGUUAUCAACCUAUGUCUUUUCGACCAAGAAUGUUGAUAGUGGGAGAGCCAGGAUUUGGGCAGGGUUCUCAUUUAGCCCCAGCUGUCAUCCAUGCUUUGGAAAAAUUUGCAGUAUACACAUUAGACAUUCCUGUUCUUUUUGGAGUCAGUGCUACAUCUCCUGAAGAAACAUGUGCCCAGAUGAUUCGUGAAGCUAAGAGAACAGCACCAAGUAUAGUAUAUGUUCCUCAUAUUCACUUGUGGUGGGAAAUAGUUGGACCAACACUCAAAGCCACAUUUACCACAUUAUUACAGAAUAUUCCUUCAUUUGCUCCAGUUUUAUUACUUGCAACUUCUGACAAACCCCAUUCUUCUCUGCCAGAAGAGGUACAAGAAUUAUUUAUCCGUGAUUAUGGAGAAAUUUUUAAUGUCCAGUUACCUAAUAAAGAAGAACGGACACAAUUUUUUGAAGAUUUAAUUCUAAAGCAAGCUGCUAAGCCUCCUAUAUCAAAAAAGAAAGCAGUUUUGCAGGCUUUGGAGGUACUCCCCGUAGCACCACCACCUGAGCCAAGACCAUUGACAGCAGAAGAAGUGAAAAGACUAGAAGAACAAGAAGAAGAUACAUUUAGAGAACUGAGGAUUUUUUUAAGAAAUGUUACACAUAGACUUGCUAGUGACAAGCGAUUCAGAAUAUUUACCAAACCUGUUGACCCUGAUGAGGUUCCUGAUUAUGUCUCUGUAAUAAAACAGCCAAUGGACCUUUCGUCUGUAAUCAGUAAAAUUGAUCUCCACAAGUAUCUGACUGUGAAAGACUAUUUGAGUGAUAUUGAUCUAAUCUGUAGUAAUGCUUUAGAAUACAAUCCAGACAGAGAUCCUGGAGAUCGUCUUAUUAGGCACAGAGCCUGUGCUUUAAGAGAUACUGCCUAUGCAAUAAUUAAAGAAGAACUUGAUGAAGACUUUGAGCAGCUUUGUGAAGAAAUUCAAGAAUCUAGAAAGAAGAGAGGUUGUAGCUCUUCCAAAUAUGCCCCGUCUUACUACCAUGUAAUGCCAAAGCAAAAUUCCACCCCUGCUGGCGAUAAAAAAUCAGAUCCAGAGCAAAAUGAAAAGUUGAAGACACCCAAUACUCCUAUGGCUUGCAGCACUCCUGCUCAGUUAAAGAGGAAAAUCCGCAAAAAGUCAAAGUGGUACUUGGGCACCAUAACAAAACGAAGGAGGAUUUCACAGGCGAAAGAUGAUGGCCAAAAUGUCACAGAUGACAAAAUUGAGACUGAUACAGAGGAAAAUCAAGAUACAAGCGCAGACCACAAUGAGACUGGAAACACAGGGGAGUCUUCAAUGGAAGAAAAUGAAAAGCAGCAAAAUGUCUCUGAAGGCAAAAUAAAACUGGGAAAUAAUAGUUCAGGUACUUGUAUUGAGAAUGAACUUGAAGAAUCUGGAAGGACUACAGCAUGUACAGAUUUAAGGAAAGAUAAAAUUGCUUGCAAUGGAGAUGCUUCUAGCUCUCAGAUAAUAGAUAUUUCUGAUGAAAAUGAAGCAAAAGAAAUGUGUGUUCUGCGGAUGACUCGAGCUAGACGUUCCCAAGUAGAGCAACAGCAGCUCAUCAGUGUUGAAAAGGCUUUGGCCAUUCUUUCUCAGCCUACCCCCUCACUUAUUGUGGACCAUGAGCGAUUAAAAAAUCUUUUGAAGACUGUCGUUAAGAAAAGUCAAGGAUAUAAUAUUUUUCAGUUGGAAAAUUUGUAUGCUGUAAUCAGCCAGUGUAUUUAUCAGCAUCGCAGGGACUAUGACAAAACAACACUCAUUCAGAAAAUGGAGCAAGAGGUAGCAAACUUCAGUUGUUCCAGAUUAUGAUGUCCUGGCACCAGAUGUUCUUUAUAUUCAGUUCCUAUUUAAUUCACCUCUGUCAUGUUCAUAUAACUGAUGCAAGAUGAAAUCCUGCAUAUUUAAGGAAAAGAUUAAAAUGGUAAAUAAAGAUAUUUAAACUUUUCUCAUAUUUAUGUACAUGUGUAAGAUAAAUUGCCAAGAUAACAUAAAUAUUAGAAGUUUGAUUGAACAAGUCACUGUAGUAAUAGUAUUGCUGUGCCUAUCAGUAGUUGAAGUGUGGCCAACUCUUAGUUGUUUGUGGCACUUAAGAGUAAUUAGUGACAUUGACCGUUAUUGUUUUAAGCACUUUUAAUUUUAUCCUUCCCCAAAAUAGUUGAUUGGUCAGACUACCAACUUGUUGAACCAUUGUAUACUUGCCAUCCUUUUGUUACCUUUGUGUUCUUCAGUGCUCCUCUCUCAGACCUGCCUUUACCUUCCUCUACCCGUCACUUAAAAGCCGAUGUUCUAGUCAUGAUUUACAGGAGGCCCCUUGAACAGCCUCUUGGCUGCACCACAGUUCUGUACUUGAAUGUACUUAAAAAUUAAUGCUUUUUAGAUAAACAUUUUUAUAAUUCUAAUUUGGGUUAAUAAAAAAUUUUAAUAUUUUUUGGUUUACUUUUAUGUUUAUACAUAACAAAUGUAUUAAUAACCACUUUGUUAAACAUUGCUUUAAUGGCACAAAAUUUUUAUAUUUGAAAACUUUAUAUCCUUCUAAACAUGUGUUUAGGUUGUAUUCUAUAGCUAACUUUUAUAUACAAUUAUAUAAAUAUAAGUAUUAUAAAUUUUGUAU